GUUUGCUAUAAAAGGAAGAAGGGAUAGCCUGUCCUGCAGCCGCUAAAUAUUGGAAGCCAAUCAAAGAAAAGACAUGAGAGUUUACUUAGUCAAAGUCGCUGUGCUUCUGACAGUGAUGUCCUUUAUAUUUUGUACGGAAGACCUCGAUUCGACAGCAGCGUCCGAAGAGUCAGGGAGUACGGACUUUCUAAAGCAGCCAGUAUUUUGCAAUGCCUUGUUGGAUGACCAGGAGAAGAUAUUCAAGUGCGCUCAAGAUCAAAUAAACGUCCCGAAUUCAGAGUCUGCAAAAAAACUGAGCAAUUACACAUGGCUAUUUUGCGAGAAUAUCACAAGUUUUGUGACCAUCGUUUGUAAUAAAACUAAUGAAGUUCUCGUUAACAUGACGGAUCCGGAAGUUGGCACCUUGUUUGAUCUUGUACUGAACUGCGAAACAGAGCUUAAAGUAACCCUGCCACCAACUCCUACUCCACCAGCCUGUUGAAGAUUUGAAGAUCUCUACUGAAAAAUAGUGGUAGAAAAAGAAUCAAUAUUCAAUAAAAUCAAUACCACAGUGCAUUAAAAAA